AUUUGUUUGACCUGAAGUUCCACAGUAAACUUCUUGUAUUGCGUUUGAACUCGAGAAACGCGGAUAUCAGCAUUCCGAUCUUUACCGAUUUUCCUAUGAAAAUAAGUCUUCAUAGCACAGAUUCCAGCACUCAACGCUCCGUCUUAACUCUUAUGUUCGUCACAACUACGGGCGAUUGCAAAGUCACUGAUUUUAAACAAUCCUCACACCUUGACGUCCAAUGUCAUUAGCGAUUCGGCAUAUUUUAAAAUUUUUUUGUCAUCGCAAUUGUAGCUAUUUUUUAUGCUGUCAUUUGUGGUUUGCGAGCUGAGCGAGUGAUCGCGCGCGCUCAACGCCUGUUGGUGAAUUCACGCAACGAAAUCAAAACAUUCGUGCUCCAAACAGAUGUCAAUAUACUCGUGAAUUAUUUAUAUCGUUUUGUGUGAUUUUAUUGUGCAAUGGUGAGCCAAAUGGUGGCUCAUACAUUCGACAGCAUGUUUCAUAUGUCAUCAAAGACACGCGGUAGAACGACGCAUUGAAUAGAAUUGAAAUGAAAAAAUUAUAAGCGCAAAGACAGACAACUUUUUCGAUCGAAAAGGGAUCUUGAGGAAAUUUAGAAUAUAAGCAUGCCUGGAAGGACGAGAAAACCGUCGAUUGAAGAAAAACUGAGACAAAAUAUUGAAUUUUUAGAUGCACUGUUAGCGGAUCUUCAAGCCACAAGCCCUACGAUUUCUACGUCGCCGGUUGAAGCUCGAGGAAGACAAACUGCGAAUGGUAGAGAGUCGCCUGAGGAACUUCCUCCUCCGCUCCCCCCUCCACCCUCCUUUGAAGCACUCGAUCCUCGUGUACCAAUUUCAAAGGACGAUGUUUUGUUUCCCCCGCCUGUACCGUCAUCAAGCUUGGGACAGAACCUUUCGGAGUUGGACAGUUUGUUAGAAAAUUUGAGUAACCCAUUACACUAUCCUUCGCCAUCUGAAUCACCAGGUAAGUGGCGCUUAUCGAUUUUAGUAAAUAUAUUUUUUAGAAUUUUAAUCUGUCCAUUCAGUUUCCCAUAGAAUCAGAGCUGGUUCCAUUUUUGGGGGUAUAUAAAUUUUUUUGGAUAUAUAAAAUGUAAAAAAAAACAUGAAGGUAAAUUUCUAUUAAUCAAAUGAAUCAAAUGACUGUUUUAGUAGGCGUUCUAUAUAUAUGAUUAAAUUCCAAACCAAGCUCAAGCUGUAGCUAAGAAAUAUCGAUUGAAAUCAAUUUUUUUGCUUCACCCUUAAAGUUAAACGUGCUGAAAUUUAAGAUCUUGUCUGUUGAAUUUAAUCCGCUUUUCAUGUCGGCUUGUGGUACAUUUUCUUUGAUUUGUAUCGUUUCUUUUAAAACUGUAGAUUAUUGGCUUACGAUGAAUUUGCCUCACCGAAGAAAAGCAGGAAUAUUCGAAAUUGUUUUCUCCUUUAUAUCGCGCGUUGGGCACGCGCUUUUUUUCCAUUCAUUCAAGACGAUUAAAACUUGCUCCCAAAUUAAAGUCCGCCCACUGUAAAGUAAAGAAAUUGUUUGCCCAUUUUAUCCACGGUGCAAAUACACGUACUUCGUCUUGUCAAUAUUGUACAAUUUGCGAUUUAAUGUGGGAGAAAUAUUCCUUUUGAUUUUCCGGUACACUGAUGAAUUUUUACAUUUAUUUCAUGGCUGUUAGCAUCUUUUGUUUAUGCUGGUGUAAAUCUGUUUAAACUUCCCCUAGUUUUUUUUAAUGGCAGCUGGUUCCAUUGCCUUUGAAGCAUAAAUUUGCAAACUAAAACUUCUCUUGUAAUUUACUACGAGUGCGGUCAAGAACACAACGGAGAAAAAAUUGAAAAAAGUAAUAAAGAUUUUUUGGAGUUGCUGUAAAGUUUCAAACUUGUGAUUGGUCAAAAUGUGAAUCUAAAUACCGCGGUAAUUUUGUAAGUUGAUAGCCAGUUUAAAGUCAUAUUUUCAAACAUUUGCCAAGAAUAUGCUUUGCAGUUACCUACACAUAUAAUUUUUGAAGAAUAAAGUUGUAGAGAAGCCUGUGUUUGAUGUUACCCCCUGGUGGGAGAAUGAAAAACAUGUUUCUCCACACUUUAACUUGUAUUUGUAGCGUAAUUUCCAUUUAAUUUCAUGCAAUGAUCCUCACAUUCUUGCCAUUACAGCCAUAUUUUUUUAUGUGCAAAUUCAGGGUUGUCAAUAAUAACAGUAAGUGCAAAAUUGGGUAUGCUAGAGCAAGAGAAGGCCAUUAUGCAAAAUCUUUUGUUUAUUAAAUGCUUGUGGUUUUCAAGAGUCUCAGUAACUACAAAGCAACUAAUUAAACACACCCUGGUGUGAAACUCACUUUGCUCAUCCUGUUUGGAUUAGAAACAGUAUCUUUGAACAGAAUGGUUCCUGUAAGAUAAUACAGGGUAACUGUUGACAUUUCUAAUUCUUCAGCAAGACAUUGAGUGUAGUGUAAGUUUCGUUAAUUUCACAUAUGCUUCAUAUGUGGCCUCAGAAAUUACACAAAAGUGAUUUGCAUAAUUUAAUAUGCCUUCAUAUACAACUAGGCCACUGCAAGAUCUGAUUUGUUUUCUGUUAUGAGAUUAUUGUUUGUAAAAUUUGAUGUUAACCCAUUUGGUUGUGAAGAUUUUGCAGAAAUAUUUAAUAUGGCUUUGGAAGCUAGUCAAACCAUAAAGAAUGAAAACUGACCAAAGAACUGUUCAAAAGUUGAGUACUAUUGCUGCCUUUAUUCUUUUUCUGGUGUAUGCGCAGAAGGCAGAUUUCGGGUCAAAUUCACAUGUUUGUUUUGCAUUUUUCUUUGGCCUCUGUGACUGAACCUGAACCAUGGUCAUUCAGUCUUGGUUUGAAGGAUUUCUUUCCUCCUGUACCCGUAAGAUGUCCAAAUUCUCCAUGACCAUUAAAACUGAUGACGUCACAAGUGCAGAGGGGAUGUUGUUAUGGGUGGUUAUGUUUUUGUAAUCUGGUGGUUACAUGAUGUUUGACCAAAUUUCCACAGCUGUACACUGAAUUCAAAGGCCUCAAUCAAAUGUCUUUGUCGAAAAGUGGAGAGAAUAUUAUUGUCAACCUCCAGCCAUUGAGCAAAGAAAGAUCAGGCCCUGCCUUUAAACUUUGUAAGGAAACAGGCACCAUAUCAACACAUAAAAUAAAGUUCCAUCCACAACUUACCAUCAAGAACCAAUUGAAGAAGGCCAUUGUUUUAAAAUGGAGGUGUCCAUCCUUGAAUUAGAAUGAGGAGCCUGACCUGGGUUGGUUUGCAGUUCUCUCCUGAGAGUGUGUGACCGUGGGGUAACCUGUUCUCCACUGCCAAACCAUGGGUGAUGACUAAGAUAUUCAGAUAAAGUAUUUUUAAUUCUGAUUGAGGAAAGCUGUCAUCUUGGUGAAGUCAAGCCUGUGGGUGGGAUUGAGGGUCUGAAUUAGUUUAUCAAUCCCAACUUAGAUCAUCCCAACUCAAUCCAGUAACCUCAACAUUUUUAUAGACAGAUAAACUAAUUUACAUAGGCAGUUCAACAGCUAGUUUCAAAAAGACCUUGAACUAUGACUACACAUUUAUAACUUUAACUAUUAAGCUGCUUACCAUCCAUGAAUGCUGUGUGUUGAAGAGCUUUGCUAAUUGCUCGUUUGAACAACCCAACAGACUCCGCGUGGCAUGCCUUGCAAGGAAGGCUAUUCCACAGUGUGGUACCACCAUAACAACUUAACUGUUUUGAAAUAAUUUGUGUGGGGAAAUCAAACUUUAAGUUUGUUCUGGGAGUCCCUCAGGUUGUAGCUUGUAUUUUGGUGGGUCUGAAACACAAGUCACUUUCUACAGGUCAUAGUCAGCAAAGUACAGCUGGUCACCAUGACACAGAUAAAUAGACAGCACCAAAAGUGUCUCCUAGUGCCAAUCUUUUUACAGAAUGCCCUUCUAGAUUGAGGGGAAUAUUUGUGGUUUAGUAAUUUAUUGAUGGAGAAGUGAAUUGUACUCUUGACCUGUGGAAUGUGACCUGUACUUAGGCCACAGCUUCUUUUGAAUGUUUUGUUGGUAGUCAAGAUUUUUCCUUCCCAAAAUUUCCAACAAUUGGCCAGCAUCAGUGUCAAAAUCUGAGAAUGUCAGAACACGGCUGCUGCAAUCUUUGCAGUUGGUCUUGUAAAGUCAUCCCAUAGGUUCCCCAAACAAGUAAGGUUGUAUUAAAGCUUAAAGAUGCAAUGACAUCAGGUGCCUUCAAAACACCUUUUAUCCAUCUGCUAAUUCUGUUGCCAAACAUGCAUUUGAAAAAAGUGCUUACAUGUAGCUUAAUUUGUGGUAUUUGCACAAAUCAAAUUGUUCCGGAUUUUCUUGUGGACCCAGCAUUUGUUUGAAUUUCCCCGUACUGGACCUGCUCCUUCUAAAGAAAAGUGUAUUUUUAUGUCUUCUCUUUUUGGCCAUGUAUCUUGCCUUUGUAUAAUAAGUUUAAUACAGAAUCCAUUAGGAAAUUGAGUAAUUUGAAUUUUCUCCUUGUUCUGUACCAUAAUAAUUUAAAUUAUAACAGUGCUGUCGACUCUCCCAAAUAAUUGGGGAGACUCCAGAUUUUGAACUGUAUCUCCCGGACUCCAGAUUAGAGUCUGAUAUUUUCCGAAUAAUUGCCAAAGAUGUUAUUUCUUGUAGACUCGACUUUCCGACCAUAAAAUUUGAAAUAUUUUGCAUUGUUUGAGCUGCUGUUAACAUGGAACGUUUCCUCUAACAUUCUGGCAUUCCACUGUAAUUUAAGCAAUAAUAUGGCUAAAUAUGAACUGCUUAUGGGCUAUAUACGUCGAUCUGAAUCAAUGAGCAUUUUUGGCACAAAUGACGUCAUUUGUCAUGCGAUAUGACGUCAUCUAUCAUUCCCUCCCUACCAAUUCUCACUAUUUGAUGACGUGGGGGGUUGACAGCCCUGGUAUAAUGCAUUCUUUUUUACACUUUUCUAGGGCUAUAGAUGUAAUUAGUUAUAUGUAAUAACACCAAAGAAAAUUUCAUAUGAGAACUUGAGAAUACAAAUAUAUCUCAAAAGCUUUAAAUUUCACAAAACGAAAUCUUACUCUUUCAGUUUUCACAAUUCCUGUGAAACUUGAAAUUUAUUUUUCUUGGGCUCCUGUAAUUGUGUUUGGUGUUAUUACAGAUAACUAAUUAUAUCUAUAGCCCUUGAAAAGUGUAAAUUUAAAAAUUGUUUCCACCAUGCAUACUUUUCAAGGAAUUCAUUUUCAUGUACUCCAAGUACAAGUAGUUGACCUCAUUCCUGUGUCCAUUAGGCUUUUCUCUACUAUUAUUUUUUGUCUCUGUGUAUUUUGCUUUGGUGUGAAGCAAAGUGUUAUAUUUUUAUUCUUCUAUCAAUUCUAUGGCCAAAUUUUUUAUUUGGUUAGUACUAAAAUUGACUGAAGUUGUAUAAACUGUACAUGUGGUCUCUUGAAAUGGUUUAAAGUGUUUAUUUCCAUUACUCUGUCUCAUACAGCUCGACGGGAAUCACCAAGAGCAAGUCAAACUUCGCCAUCUCCAAAAAAUACAAUUAUUAAUGGUCUACCACCAAGUUAUAAGGGUCCUGUUUCACCAGUUUCUCAACAUGACACCCAGCCGGGUAAUAAUUUUAUUAGUUAUAAUUUAAUAUUAUAGUUAUAUUAUCAUUUAUAUGAGUGCUAUUCAGGAGUAUGUUCACGCGGACGAUCAUACUUAACCUACUUUUGAAAUGAUGCCCGAGUUCAAACCUUUUGCAAUUAUUUCUAUAUUCAUCCAUAUACAUUCUGUGUUAGCAUUCCCUCCCUUUUGCUAAGCACAUGAUUAUCUUUGCCUUAAAUUUCAUCUCUAAUCUUUUCCUUAAUCAAUUUCUAUUUUACUACGUGUAAAGUACUGGCAGUUGAACAUUGGUGUUUAUGGUAUUGCAGUUUUGAGCUUAAAGCUGAUGUGCAGUAUUGUGGUAUCAUCUGGCCGCAGUCUUUGGGUUUUUAUUCUUUUUGCUGACAGUAUAUUCUGUAAAAGAAGAUCUUUCACGGUAUUGCAGUACCAUUCAUUUGUGUUCUCCCUUCUAACACAGGUUAAUACAUAAUACACAGCACAAAACACAGUAAGCUAUACAGGUUAAGAGAGGUCUGUUUAGACAUAACAGUUAAUGAUUACCCAUUUCUGACCUUAAAAAGUGACCCUUCAUGGCAUAAACCAAAUCCUGCAAGCAUGCACACUUUUCUUUGACCUCCUGCUCUAAUAUUAUUGUUUGUUUUGUGCAUACUAUUCUUCUAGCUGAAAAACGUUUUAGUGGUGGUGAACGAAAUGGGCUCGACAGCCCUAAGGCCUCUGUGACACACAUUAUAACACCCUCUGCUCAAAAUAGCCAGCUACAGCGUGCAAGAGAUCUGGACAGCAGACAGUCACGUACAGCGUCAACAGCAACUAAGGAGCUGGAUGACUUGAUGGCAUCCCUGUCAGAUUUUAAAGUAAAUGUGUCUGCCGCUCCCACACCAGCUCAAGCAAGGUUAAGUGGAGAUUAUGCCAAGCCCAGUAAGGCUAAACCACCCUCUCCAAGUAAGUUAUAAAGCAGUGUUCCUUGAGAUCAGGGCUGUCAAUAAGUGCCAGUAGCCAGAACCGCUGACUAGUUAGCCAUCCUUUGCCGGCUACUUUCAUCUCCUUCCACCCUAACUGCUAACAGAAAUUAUGCACCAUCGAGUAAAAUAAAUUAUAAAGCAUCCUUGUUCCAGUUUUGAAUGACAUUGAACGCAUAUUUAAACAGGUUUAGAUCUGUGAAGCAUUCGAACCACCGUGUGAUGUCGUGGAAUGCCUGCAACAUUUUAAUGGCAUUUUUUUGUCUGGUUUAUUUGCAACAUUCACGCGGUGAUCGCAACAGCAGGGUAGAUUUGCUAACCCUACUAAAACUGUAACUGAAACUAAGUGAAACUUCUGCCUAAACAGAACUAUCAGACAGAUAAACAAGUGAAUUACCAGAGAAGGGAUCAAAAACUAGUGUUGUCGCUGGUUGAACCGAUGACACCAAUCGCUAAAAAUCUACGAGCUUGAGUUAUACACAAGCGAGUUAAUUUUUUGAAGGUUAAAUCCCUGUAUGUUGAACUUCUAUAUUAAAAGUUUCAAUGUUUGUCUGACAGCGGCUGGUAAUCGGGCCAAAUAAACCUACACCAUUUGCGGUCUUAGUGAUUCGGUGUGACAAACCCCUGGGACAAAACAUGGCAGUUAAGUUGAGAGCAAGGAGUUCAGUUAAUACAUUUACGAUCAAAAUAAUAUUUUAGAUCUAGUGACUUGAAGGAAAGCUAUAGCUAAAAUGUCAGCAUUUUCCACCCCCUAAUAACCUUUGUUAUGAUGCAGCAAUAGAAAAGUGGUAAAUAGAUCAAAGAUAAAAAUAAUUAUAUACCAUUGCAACGUGGAAGACAACAGGAAAUAGUAUAAACAGAGACAAAACAGACAACAUAACCUGCAUAAUAGUAAUCUUAAAAACACAUGCAGAUACUGUACAUUUGUUUUCUAAAGUGGCCUCCACAACAUAGCUACGGCAAUUCAAAUCUAGUCCGUUUCGGUAUGAAUACUACUACCAGGCAGACCAGGAUACCUAAAUGAUUUUUGACUGCACAAAUGGUGAAUCCUCCGCGAUUUCUGUUGCAUGUGCCAAAUGAAAGCAUCACUGAUAAACAUCCCAUCAACAUCCAGAUAUUCUGCAGGAAGUUACGCUUUUGCUGUCCAAGGAUUUUGUGCAUUAUUUUCGGCAUUCAAGAUCAGGUCAAUUACACAGCUUCACGGCUGCACUGACCUGUCUACACUCUGUAGAGACAAAUCUCACAGUUACCUGCCCCUCCCCCAAAUCCUUUGUUUGUAAUCUCCCAGAUUCUGGGAGACAUGUGACCAGCGUUUUCCAGGGUCUCUCUCUCUCUCUUGCUCCGGAGGUCGGGUAGGAGAGAACCCUGGGAACGAGGUUGAAACUUAUCAACCUUUUUUGUGGUCGGUCAUGUUUUGAGUGCUAAGGUGUUGUAUGAAUGGAGUGUAAACCUGGGUUUCAGGAGCCAGAAAAGUGUCAUUUUUCCCCUGAGGCACCCCUUCUAUGGAGGAACAGAUAUAAAGAUUAAGUGAACAUUUUUCCAGGACCAAAUAUUGUGUCCCCUGAAUGGAGGUGUCCCUUGAAAUAGACUUGUCCCAAAGGAUAGGUUGCACUCUAUUUACUUUACCAUUAGAUGGGAAGAAAUGUCAGAUGUAUUUUCAGUGGAUGGUAAUGUAAAUAUUCUUAUGCCAGUAAUGUAGAACCCUAGAAAGGGGGUUUUCACCACUUUUGCUCUGACUGCUUCUUCAAUCUUUGACAAAUUUAGUGAUUUAAAAAAGACGUUGCUUAUUUUAAUGAUCCUUAAAAAAUGAAUCAUUUGUGCUGUCUCAUUAAUUCAUGCUGUGUGUAUUAAACAUUUGUUUAUUUUAAAACCUUUUAGGUGUUGGCAAAGUAAGCCAGCUAGACUCCAUGUUAGGAACACUUCAGUCUGAUAUGACCAGACAGGGAGUCAGCACAACAAAGAAGGGGGAAUGUGCGGCCUGCAACAAACCAAUCAUAGGCCAAGUUUGUACGGCACUGGGUCGUACUUGGCAUCCUGAGCAUUUCACGUGUGUUACUUGUGAAGUACCUUUAGGUGCUGCUAACUUUUUUGAGCGGGAUGGAAGGCCUUUUUGUGAAAGAGAUUACCAUGAACAAUUUGCUCCAAGAUGUGCUUACUGUAGUGGUCCUAUCCUAGAUGUAAGUUUUUUAUUUUUCUUGUUUCUUGUUUGAAGGCAUGUGCAUAUAGAAUACAAACUUUUGAGUCUGUCUACAAAAUCGUAUGGUGUGACCAUUCAAAUGAAAUCCUGGCCCUUCAGAGGUUCAUCCUUGUGGAUAUAUUACAGGUCAAAUUUGAUUUCAGGUUAAAAAUUGUCCUUCCUAGGUUGACUCUCAAUAUUUGGUUUGUCUACUAGAGCUAGGUGUCAAAGGAAAUUGUGAAUCAAUCUAGGCUUAAUCAAAAUUAACCUGCAGUUAAAUUGGAGCAGCAGCAGAUGCAUGAGAUUUUAGAACUUUGUCUCACAAAAGAGUUAAAAUUAUGAGUUAUCAGUGCAAACAUUUAACUUAUGCUUCUUUUGCAGUCCUGUGUGACAGCGCUUGACCAGACUUGGCAUCCAGAACACUUUGUAUGUGCCAGCUGUGGCCGGCCAUUUGGUGACUCUGGUUUUCAUGAGAGAGAUGGCAAGCCUUUCUGCCGAGAAGAUUACUAUGCUAUGUUUGCACCUCGCUGCGGAGGGUGUGGUCAGCCUAUAAUGGAUAACUACAUUUCUGCUCUUAGUGCACACUGGCACUCAGAAUGCUUUGUGUGCGCGGUGAGUUAUUAUGAUACUUGCAGCUUUGCACUUUACCAGGAAUUUUUACGUCACCUCAUCAGUGUUGAAGGGACUAUGUCAGGCUAGCUAUUUGCAGCUAUCAUUGCAAGAAGCUAAAAUGUGAUUUGCAUCCAUUGAAUUCCAAAAAUAAUGGGCCCAUUUUGUUGUUAAAGACUAUGUGUACAUUUGGACGCUGGCGCUGUUUCCUCUCAUAUGUUGCAACAGAUGGCAAGGAUUCAAAAUCAAUUUGUUUUAAGGAUCACCAGAAAAUUAUGAUGGUUAGUGAUCCCUGGUUAAAAUUGUUUGAUAUCUCCGUCAUAACUCAGCUACAGGAGCAUUUUGUGUGUGGGUAAAGGCACUUAUGCAACAUUAUUUAAGUACAUGUUUUCACUUACGGUGAUUAGAAACUACACCAUCUCAUUUAUAUCAUCGUCAAUAUGCCACCUUUCGAUUUUCCAGUCUUAAAGUCAUAGUUUGACUCCUGUUGGGAAAUCGCGGGGGUAUUUUUUUCCCGAGGUGUUUGUGGCGAUGGCUAAAAUGAAAACGAGCAUUCUCCAUGUAUGUAUGUCUUCUUUAGUGCAGAAAGUAAGACUGUGAGACCUCACCGCAUUAUGACGCAGAAAAUUCAGCUGGAAAAUUAUUCGAAGUCAAUCUUUGGUCUUCUCCUCCUUUGCAGGAAUGUCAUCAAGCUUUUCCUGGAGGGAGUUUCUUUGAGCAUGAUGGUCGGCCGUACUGUGAGAUGCACUACCAUUCUCGACGUGGCACUCUGUGCUACAGCUGUCAAAAACCCAUCACUGGCCGAUGUAUUACAGCCAUGCAUCGUAAAUUUCACCCUGAGCACUUUGUGUGCGCAUUCUGCCUUAAGCAACUUAACAAAGGCACCUUCAAAGAACAGAAUGAUAAACCUUAUUGCCAUCCAUGCUUUAUAAAACUCUUUGGGUAGAAAGAGGAGUCAGCCGUGGUCCUCAAGCUGCUGCAGCUACUUUCUAUUUUAUUUUCUUUUUGUUUGUUUCUUUUCUGUGUGAACAGCUAUUUGUUUUGAUUCGAGAAUUUUGAAGAAAACAAUCAAAUCGUAGACUCGAGGACAUUUUUUCAAGGGAUGCAAAUAAUUUUAGUAUUUUAACUGUCAUAGUAUUAUGAGUCACUAUUAUGAUAACCUAAUCUCGAAGUGGGGACAGUGAUUUCACAGUGAAAACGUGAAGUUUAGAAUAAUUACACAAAUUUUCCUUGCUAUUCCUUCCUGCUGCAGUUAUGCUAUUAAUUUGUUAGAGUGCCUCCAAAAACAUACACAGAUUUACAGGUCCAUAUUUUCUGGAUGGUGGUUAGUUAUGACUUCUGAGGUGCUGUCGUUAAGAGCCAUUCCCUAGACAUAACACCGCUUUCACGGCUGGCAAUUUUUGGUUGAUCCAUCCGGCCAAAUUGUCUAGGCACCCAAAGCAAUGUGAUGACAAUUAAGAAAGGAGGUUAUCUAAGUUAAAUUGCAUGUAACUGCAAACAAAAUCAGAUGUUGUCACAAGACACCGUUAAUGAGGUACAAUCUGUAUCAAAAAAGUGCGUGAAAAUUAUUAUUACAAAGAACUGUUCAAGUUUUUAAGAGAGAUUCAAAGACAUUUUUAUGAAAACAAAUUUAAGCUAAGUUACUUGGGUUUUAAUAACAUGCCAACAUUGACCAGUAUCGGUUUUCAGUAGCCAGUGUUUGGCCAUCUGAGCUGCUAGAGAAGCAACCUGCUAGCAGAGCUUUUCUUUAAUUUCACUUGCUCGGUUUUAGCGCAGUCGAUCGAGAAUAAGAUAAAAGGAGGCUCUGUUUCGUGGGGUCCUAUUGAUGAUAAAUUACGAAGAUUUUCUAGAAUAAUGCAUGUAAUUAUAAUAAUUUCAGGCCGACUGAAAAUGGAGGCGGUGUGCAGUGCAAGAACCCAAAAAAUUUCAUUGCAGUACAUGUUGCUUACAUGUAGUGUCAAUUCUUUCAGAAGCAUAUGACUGCGAGUAUGACUGUAAUUUCCCUUUGUAGCGCUUCGUUUACAUCGCGAUACAAGAUUUUCCUAAGCAUUCACGCUACAGUCUCGCGUAUCAGUAAUUCCUUAUUAGGAAGUAAAUUGUGAUUGGUUCUCUAACAGAGUUACACGCUUCAGGGUUAU